CUCCUCCCUCUCCUCCUCCUCCACCACCCCAUGUGCUUCCUGCCGGGCCAAGUUUGCAGAGCGCCGCCGCACGCCGGGCCAGCGGAGCGGAGCCGCAGCGGAGCGGGGCGCAGCGGUGCGGGGCAGCGCGGUGCGGGGCAGCGGGCGCGGCUCCAGCGCGGCGCGGCGGGGCAGGCUCGGCCUCGGGCCGGCUCCGGCCUCGGGGCGCUCUCGCCCGGCCCCUGCCCGGCCGCACCAUGCCGCGGCGGCGCGGCUGCUGCCUGCCGCCCCUGCUCUGCACUUUAGCCGCGCUCAGCCUGCCGCUGCUGCUGGCCGCCGAGCCCCGCGCCAAAAGUUGCUCCGAAGUGCGGAGGCUCUACGCCGCCAAGGGCUUCAGCCAGAGCGAAGCGCCCAGCCACGAGAUCAACGGUGACCAUUUGAAAGUUUGCUCGCAAGGCUACACGUGCUGCUCCCAAGAGAUGGAGGAGAAGUACGGUCAGCAGAGUAAACACGACUUCAGGAACGCCGUUGUAGAGCUUAGCAAUCACCUACAAACCAUGUUUAGUUCUCGAUACAAGAAGUUUGAUGAGUUCUUCAAGGAACUCCUCGAAAACGCGGAGAAGUCUCUGAACGACAUGUUCGUGCGGACGUACGGCCGCUUGUACAUGCAGAACUCGGAGCUGUUCAAGGACCUGUUUGUGGAGCUGAAGCGGUACUACGUAGGUGGCAAUGUCAACCUGGAGGAGAUGCUCAACGAGUUCUGGGCACGCUUGCUGGAGCGCAUGUUCCGGCUGGUGAAUCCCCAGUACCACUUCACGGACGAGUACCUUGAGUGCGUCAGCAAGUACACGGAGCAACUGAAGCCCUUCGGGGACGUGCCGCGGAAGCUCAAGCUACAAGUGACACGAGCGUUUGUGGCUGCCCGCACCUUCGCGCAGGGCCUCGCUGUCGCGAGGGACGUCGUGAGCAAAGUGUCCGCGGUGAACCCCACGCCGCAGGGGACACGAGCGUUGCUGAAAAUGAUGUACUGCCCAUACUGCCGAGGUCUGGUGUCGGUGAAACCCUGCUACAACUACUGCUUUAACGUCAUGAGAGGCUGCUUGGCCAACCAAGGUGACUUGGACACCGAAUGGAAUAUCUUUAUGGAUUCGAUGCUGCUGGUAGCAGAGAGGCUAGAGGGUCCCUUCAACAUCGAGUCAGUCAUGGACCCCAUUGAUGUGAAGAUUUCAGAUGCAAUCAUGAAUAUGCAGGAGAACAGCAUGCAGGUGUCGCAGAAGGUUUUCCAGGGAUGCGGCCAGCCAAAAACUCUUGCCCAGGGCCGGGCCGCGCGCUCCGUCUCCGAAAGUGGUUUCAGUGCUCGCUUCAGGCCCUACAACCCAGAGGAGAGGCCAACUACAGCUGCCGGCACGAGCUUGGACCGGCUGGUUACUGAUGUGAAAGAGAAGCUGAAGCAAGCCAAAAAAUUUUGGUCAUCUCUCCCUGGCAACAUUUGCAAUGAUGAAAAGAUGUCUGUAGGCACUGUCAAUGAGAACGAGUGCUGGAACGGGAGCGCCAAGAGCAGGUAUGACUUUGCAGUGACUGGGAAUGGCUUAGCAAGUCAAGUGAAUAACCCUGAGGUGGAAGUCGAUAUUACCAAGCCAGACAUGGUGAUUCGCCGGCAAAUCAUGGCUCUGCGAGUGAUGACCAACAAGCUGAAGAAUGCCUAUAGUGGGAAUGAUGUCGACUUCAUUGACAUAAGUGAGGAGAGCAGCGGGGAGGAGAGCGGCAGCGGCUGCGAGCUCCAGCAGUGCUCCUCAGAGUUUGAGUUCAACGCCACCGAAGUCACUGGGAACUCCAACAAGAGCGAUAAAACCGUGAACACUUCUGCCGCUGCCCGGGGCAGUCUAUCACAAGCGGCCUUCCUCCUUAGCAUUUUGUUCUUGGCCAUGCAAAGACAAUGGAGAUAAUUGUGCAGCGUAGGGGUGGGGGGGAAAGACUUUUAUUAUCAAAGUUAGAAGGCACCUGCUUUCACUUUUAUACCAUCUAGAGACUUUGCUUUUUAAGUUAAUGGACAACAGUGUACAGUUUUUACUAUGUUGCCACUGGUUUUAAGAUACUGGUUAUUUUUUUUUUCCCUUGCUAUUCUGGGAAUAACAGGAACGGGGGCUACCAGUCUGUCCCGUUCACCAAGAAUCCAUGUUAGAGGUGGAUGACAGAACUGUAUAUACAAGCCUGUAGUUAGCUCUGCAUUUGUGUCUUUAUCACUUUUCUUUUUUGUUGGUUUUUUUGUUUUUUGGUUUUUUGGUUUUUUUUUUAAAUUUUAUUUUAUUUUACCAUAUUUCCUAUGAAAAUGAAAGAACCCCAGGGUCUCCUUGGCCUGUAACAAGUCUGUGUUUCUGAAAUGAGAAAUAUCUGUACAGAAGCAGGUUUUAUUUAUCAUGUUAUCUUAUGGGGGGAAAGAAAAAUAAUUGCCCAACAAGCAGAAAACGUGUUUCAUGUAGUUAACUUCCCAUUUAUCCACAUUAUGUUAGUUGCCUUAUCUGGAAAGAGGUGGAAGUAAUUUGUCUUUAUUAUGCGGUAAAACAAGAGGUGAAGGCAGAGCUGGUCAGCGUGCCAAGUGCCCUGCUUGCACAGGGCAUUAAUGCCAGGAGCAGGUUGUACUUUCUUUACAAGAGGUUUGGUUAAAUUGGAAGAGACUACGGAGAAUUCCAGUUCUGCAGACGCUAAGAAGAGUUGUCGUUUGUCCCCCGGGAUCCUUGCAAUUAGCUGUAACUCCUGUAGGUCAGUUCCCGACGUGCAUCCCCCGUGGGAAUAAGGCAUUAAACUUGUUCAGUUGGAAGCAACUUGUCGUCUCGCAGAUCCAAAUGCCAA